UCGCCGGCGGCGGCGCCGCUGGACGAUGACGACCUGCUCUCCGAGAUCCUCCUCCGCCUCCCCCCACAGCCAUCCUCCCUCCCCCGCGCCUCUCUCGUCUGCAGGCGCUGGCGCCUCCUCGUCUCCGACCCUCGCUUCGCCCGCCGCUUCCGCCUCCACCACCGCCGCAACCCUCCCCUCCUCGGCCUCCUUCACAUAGGCUUUCGAACUCGCGAGCUCUCCUUCGUGCCUACUCUGGAGCCCCCCAAUCGUGUCCCGCCCGGGCGCUUCUCUUUGAAGUUCGACGGCGUCGUGCUCCUCGGAUGUCGCCAUGGCCUGGUACUCGUCUACCACGCGUCUUGGAAACAGAUCCUGGUGUGGGAUCCUGUCACCGCCGACCAGCACCGGAUUGCCGUCCCCCCUGGGUUUGCGAGAGAUGAGGGGCGCCCCCUGAUCAGUGGGUCGGUGCUUCGUGCUGCCGGAGAUGCCCAACACUUUCAUGUAGCCUUGACAGUGGUAGACUACGAGGACAAACAACACAGACAAGCUCUCGCAUGUGUGUACUCGUCAGAGACCGGAGUAUGGGGUGAUGUCGUCUUGACACCGCUUCCAUCCAAGGCUUCUGUGCGCACGCUGGUUAUUACAGAUAAGACCGCUGUGCUAGUUCGGAAUUCUCUUUACUGGCUGCUUUUGGGGAAUUUGGAUGGAUUGCUGGAGUUUGAUUUGGAGAGGCAGGUCCUAGCUGUGAUACGGAUGCCAAUGGAUUUGGUUGCCAAGGGAAGUUAUGAUAUCUGUGUGAUGCAGGGAGAGGAUGGUGGUCUUGGUCUCUUCUGUGUGCUGCAGUUGGACUACAUUGCCCAAUUAUGGGAGAGGAAGUCUGAUUGUCAUGGUGUUGCUUCAUGGGUGCUAGGAAGAACUAUUGAACUGGACAAGCUAAUUCCCAUGAAUUUAGCUGAGAAAAUGCCCGUUGUGGUACUGGGGUUUGAUGAGGACAAUAAUGUGGUGUGCUUGUGGACACCAUCUGUCUUCUUUAUGGUCCAUCUCGAGUCAUUGCAGUCCAAGAAACUUUUUGAAGCCAACUUCAUUUUUGGUUGUCACCCAUUCGAAAGUGUCUACACUGCAGAAACAGACAUUGGUGGUGGACACGAUGGGGCUGGUCUUUUGCAGAAUACAUAAGAUGAUUAUCUGGCUAGAUAUGCUGUCGUGGUGUACUGAUUGAGCAGGGCCGCAGGUAUUUAGGAUUACGUUCUGGGGACUGAGAUGCAGAAAUGGGUUGUGUGGUGUAGAUUCUUCCAUUGUGUAUGCUGCUAUGCAAGGGGUCUGUGAUGUGCUCCACUCAGAAAUUGGCUCUCUGUACGGGUCAGUUGUGAAGUAUGACGUUUAGGAACUUGCUGGAUAUUACCGGUGACUCGCUUGAGUUAAUGAUUAGUGUUGCUUCCAGUUGAGUUUUCAACUUCUUUACAUCUCUGCUGAUGUUAUAUGCCCCAUGUUGCUGUUGUCUUAGAUUGAAAUUUUGUUUCUCAAAAGAUGAUGGUGAUCAUGAAGGUGACCGAAUCCAGACGAAGAUACGUCCCUUGUUUGUACCAGGAUGUGAGUUCCGUUGAUCUGUUUGUUUGUCUACGCAGAGUUUCACCUUGUGAUUUGUAGUAUGCCCAAGUUUGUACUCUGUCCUGACAUGAAUUGUUCCAGUGGAAAUACAUCCAGAAGGUUGGAAGUUGCUUGGAA